GUGUGUGUGUGAGAGAGAGAGAGAGAGAGAGAGUCAUGUGUCCAUACAGGCAAGAUGACCACCUAGGAAGGGUAGCCAACCUCCCCAUAAGUAAACACAACCUUCACAAUCCAUAUUGCAUCUCUCUCUCUCUCUCUCUCUCACACACACACACACACACAUGGAGGAAACUAACACCACUGCUGCUGCAGAAAAAUACCACACCCACAGACACCAUCUCUCAUCACAGCAAUCACAACCCCAUAACCACCACCAUGACACUCUCCCUCCAACUUCAGUUCUCAUAAUCAUCAUAUCAUUCAUCAUAGCCAUCCUGCUUCUCUCAAUCUUUCUCAUCAUUGUAGUGCUUCGACGUCUAAAAUCCGCGAAAAACAAUGGAAGUAGUACUGCCAAAACCAACAACACAUGCAUCGACAAAAGAAAUUGCUUGUUCAUUGCUCAUAACACCAUAACCAUCAAUUCUAGCCCAGAUAUGGCGGGUGGGUGUCUAAAUGGAGCGAAUUCAGGGCGUGUCCCUGCAACCAAAUUCAGAGGAGUGCAAGUAUUCACAUACAAGGAGCUAGAAGUGGCCACAGACAAAUUUAGUGAGACAAAUGUGAUAGGAAAUGGAGGGUUCGGAGUGGUUUAUAGGGGGGUCCUGAGUGAUGGGACUGUGGCGGCUAUUAAGUUGCUGCGCAGGGAAGGAAAGCAAGUGGAACGCGCUUUUCGGACCGAGGUGGACUUAUUAAGCCGCCUAAACUCUCCUUACCUAGUGAAGAUGAUUGGCUACUGUGCAGACCAGCACCACCGUCUCCUAAUAUUGGAAUUCAUGCCCAAUGGCACUCUCCACAACCACCUCCACCCUUUCCACCACCACCACCAGCCACCGCCACUGAAUUGGGGUACCCGGUUGAGAAUUGCCCUCGACUGUGCCAGAGCCCUCGAGUUCCUCCACGAGCAGCAUGCAAUGCCAUCCAUCAUCCACCGCGACUUCAAAUGCAGCAACAUCCUCCUAGACCAAAAUUUCAGAGCCAAGAUAUCGGAUUUUGGACUGGCCAAAACAGGAUCAGACAAGAUGAAUGGCCAAAUUUCAACACGCGUGUUGGGGACCACCGGCUAUCUAGCCCCCGAGUAUGCAUCAACAGGUAAGCUUACCACAAAAUCAGAUGUAUACAGCUAUGGUGUGGUCCUUCUUGAGCUUUUAACAGGGCGUGCACCAAUUGAUACCAAGUUGCCUGUUGGAGAACAUGUUCUUGCCUCUUGGGCACUUCCAAGGCUAACCCAGAGAGAGAAAGUAGUGCAAAUGGUUGAUCCAACACUCCAAGGCCAGUAUUCAAAGAAGGAUCUAAUCCAGUUAGCAGCUAUUGCAGCCAUGUGUGUGCAACCAGAAGCAGAUUACCGGCCCCUAAUGACAGACGUCGUGCAGUCCUUAAUCCCUCUGGUGAAGCAUCCCUCUUCUGUAUGUGCCUCCACUUCCUUCAGAUGUACUCCGAAAAUAAAUCCCAGGUCUUAGGGGGCUGUUUGGGAACUGCAUUGCUUAUGUCCAAACCAAACAACUCGGUGAACCAGUGUUUCACCUUGCCGGUGAAACCAACAAAUGGGAUUGCUCUAGCCAUAGCCAUUGCUUUCCUGUCCCACAUGAAAGGAGUGCCAAACUGUCCCGGUGCAUUUCAGAGCAAAAACAUCCUACCGAUGCAUUCCUACGUUAGUACUCCAAUAAGAGAAAUUGUAGAAAAUUAAGGAACACAUUAGUACUUUGUUAACUCAAAACUGCAAAAUCCAUGUUUAUUAAAUAAUGUACUUUCAUUUCAUUAUGGUAUAUAGCAGUAUAGAAUAAAUUUGAAGCAAGAUACUCUUCCCAUUAUUCAAAA